AUGCCGCCGCCGCUGCUGCAUCGUAUCCUCCUCAGUUUCCUCUUCGUCGCCGUCUUCCUCGCCAGCGCCACCAGCACCCUUUCCAUCUCCUCCGCGCCCGUCGACCUCACAGUCGCUUCGCACCCGCCGGCCUACGUCCACCUCCCGCCGGCGGCGCCCGUCGAUGGUGAAGGGGGCGGCACGGGUGGCCCCUUCUGCACGCGCGUCCACCUCCGUGGCCAUGCCUCCCGCCUCCGUGACCCGUCCCGCUUCUUCCACGCCCUGCGGGUCCGCGCCAACGCCUCCCGCCCCAGCGCCCUCGAGCUCUGCUUCCACCGGAAUGCCACAGUCGCUCCGUGCAAGUGCGCUGCGUCGCAGUGGCACAAGGUGCCCAAGAGCGGGCUAUGGGCGCAGUCCAUCUCGCCGUACGACCACCGGAUCCUCGAUUUCCGGAUGCCCGGCGACCCUUCGAGAUCCGUUGUGGUGUCCACGGAGGAAGAGUUCUUGCUCCAUAGGGUGGUGUUCCUCGUGCUAGGGAUGGUGCUCAUGACGGUGGCCCACACGCUUAGUCAGUCUGUAGUGUUCUACUAUGGUGGAGCCAUGACCAUCGGCAUUUUUCUUGUGGUACUGAUUAUACUCUUUCAGGGGAUGAAACUUUUACCCACUGGUAGAAAGAGUUCACUUGCUAUUUUUGCAUAUUCUUCAGUUGUUGGCGUGACAACAUAUUUUCUGCACUAUUUGUCGGGACUGCUGCGUUCAAUGCUGGUGGAAAUUGGAAUUGCCGAAGACAUGCAUAAUCCUCUAGGUAUAUUUCUUCUCGUAUGCGUCAUCUUAGCUGGAGCCUGGUUUGGUUACUGGGGUGUCCGUAAACUCGUUCUAACGGAAGAAGGAUCUGUUGAUGGUGGCGUGGCUUAUUUUGUCGAGUGGGCUAUCUUGAUUAUUUCUGCUGUCAUGAUUCUCCAGAGUUCGCUGGACUAUCUCCUUGCAUUUGCAGCAUUAGUCUUCUGCAUAAUCAUCAAGACAGUUUCAAGGAUUGAGGGAAUGUCAGGAUUUAUACGCCAUUUAUUAAGUGGACUUUCCAAGGGAAUCACACGUCCCUUCCGCUAUGAAGAUUUGAGUGAAGGGUAUUCCAACACGAACGGGACUCACCAAGAUGGAUUUAGCAAGCUUCAUCAAUACCUGAAACGAACACCAAGACAGAAUUCACCUCUUUCAGGCUCAGGGGAGAGAACAUUGUCACAAGGUGUUGCUAGGGACAGCUACUAUUCUACCUACCACACUACCCCUGAGAGAAGAAAGUUCUCGAAAGAGGAAUAUGAAGCAUUCACCAGAGAAGAGACAAAAAAGGGCAUGACAGAGUUGUUGUCCUCGCCGGCUUUCAACAGGUGGGCACUAGCCAAUGCAGACAGGAUAUCAGUGACUCCACCAGGAACUGGAAUCAAUAAGAGCAGCCAGCAGCGGCAGCGUUUUCUUGGAUUGUUUUAAUAUCUGUAUGAUAUCUCCCUUCGUUGGGGUGAUCUGGUUUCAUUUGCCAAUCAAUGAAUUGAUCAGCCUAUCAGUGCUCCUGAUAUCUUUAGUGCUUGCAGCAACUGGUGUGUUCAGUAAUUCUAUGAAUGACAGCAUAGCAGGUGAAUGAUGCCACGUUUCUUACUGGCAGUAAGUAUGCUGGCUUCUAGUCUUAUUAGGUUAGCCAGAUCUUAGUUCAGAACAUCAGCAUGUUUUGUUAUUUCUGUGUGUUGGUGAAUCUCAAGUUCUUUUGAAAUGGAUCACUGCAUCUGGAUGUCAUCCCACAGAAUGGGGAACAGAUUGAAGACACUAGUAUCAGCCACAGAAAGCAGAGACAUCUGAAGGUGCAAUAUGAUUCAAGGUGUCAUUCAAUCUGCAAGUGUAGUUAAAUUAUGGCUCUGUAGUUAAAUGUCGAAAAGGCAACUACUGUAGUAUUUUCUUCUCCUUUUCUUGGAAAGAGAAACUAAUUCCACUGCUGCAUGUAGAUUAACCAGCAGUUCCUGACUUUUGGUUGCUUAUUAAUUGUGUGAAGAAUGAAGUUUAUGUUAGUACGUAUCCACAAUGGUUGUAUGAACGAUGCUUCUAGAAUGGGAUACACUGGAAAACAGUGUUACUCCGUAUAUGUUUUCGCAA